AUGACAGCUGGUUCGCAGGAAUGGGCGUGCCUGCCCAGCCCCUGUAUCCUGCAGGUGUUCUGCCUGGCGGAGUCGAGCAAGGAUGCCCUGGCGUGGCGCCUGGCCUGCAAAAGCUUCCACGCCGUGUGCGGCAAGGUGGACAUGCUCAAGCUGCGGGUACUGGGCGACGCCAAGGCCGCCGUCAGCGAGCUCGACUCCUCGGCCGGCGACUUCUCCACCUGGUUCGGCCUGGACCUGGACUUUGCACCCAUGGAGCUGGUUCAGCAGCACCUGCACGCGGGCGUCCGCUGGGCGCGGCUGGCAGAGCCUGCAUCCUUCUGCCUGCCCUACCAUCUGCACAAGCUGGCGGCGGUGGUGACGCUGGAGCUGGUGCUCAACCCGGCAGUGGAGGAGGUGGUGUUUGCGUCGGCUGCCUUCCUGCAGCUGCACAGCCUGCGGCGGCUGACAUUUCAGGGCCGCCUGCCGCAGCACCGCCGCCGCGUGAACCGCCGCGCGCUCCCGCACCUGAGCCGUAGCGUGAUGCACCUGGCGGCGCACGGCCUCAACAUCACCGCAACCGACUGGUGCCACUUCCGCCACAUCCAGACCAUGGACCUCAGCCACUCCGAUGUGCGCUUUGGACCCUAUUGCGGAGCGCUGCUGCACAACCUGUCCGAGCUCGUGUUGCGCAGCGCCAGCCUGGAGCUGUCCAGCCCGGCUCUGUUUGAGGACAUGUUGAGGCUGCGCCGGCUGGACAUGCAGGGCUGCACCAGCAGCCGCACUGGCAGCUGGCUGAGCCGCGUGCUGGGCAGCAACUCGGAUGUGGUGGCACUGCCAGAGGGCCUGGUGUCGCUGCAGGCCAUUGGCUGCAACGUGUUUGAUAAAUGCGUGCUGGAGCUGGGGGCAGCGACGGGGCUGCAGCUGCUGGAGGUUAGCAGCAGCGUGCAGCUGCCCGCCACGCUCAAGCACGCGGCGCACGGCGCUGUGCUUGGCUUGCACAUUGCGGAGGAGGGCCAGGUGGUCACUCGCCACGGCCGCGACAAUGUGAGCGUCAAGGCGUGCCUCGUUGACAGGCUUGCCGCCAUCCGGCGGCUUUCCGGGUGGGGGUUGGGGCGCAGCACUCUGGGGGUGGUGGGCCAGAUGGGCGAGCUGCGGGAGCUGUGCCUGCUGGGCGGCGAGCGGCGGCGGCUGGAGCUGGAGCUGGAGCUGCCGGCGGUGGAGACGGUGCGGGUGGAGGGCUACCAGAUCAUUCAGCUGCGUCUGCCGGUCUGCCUCAGCUUGCACACGGUCGUUCUAUCGGGGCACGGCGUGUGCCAGCAGCUGGCGCUGCCGCCCUCCACCCGAGUGCUGGUGCUGGACAACGUCAUGCGCGACGCCCGCGCGCUGGCCCUCUCCACCAUGGUGCCACGCUUGAAGACGGUUGUGCUGGGCAUCGGCCACCUGCCUGCCAGCCUGCCCGCCACGGUGGAGCGGCUGGCGGUCGUGGGGGAGCCGCGCGAUGGCGCGCUGGGGCAGGCUUACGCCGGGCUGCAGGCACUGCUGCCACAGCUGCCCAACCUGAAGGAGCUGCGCGUGUCCUCUGGCGAGGCUCUGCUGCCGGAGGCUGUGGCAGCCCUUCUUCCCGCUGGCUGCCAGUUCAGCACCGCCGGCGUGCCGCGCAAGGGCGCCGGCGUCGACUGCUGGGGGCGCAGCCUGCACCAGACGGCGCAGCUGAGCAUGGAGUGGUGCGAGAGCCUGGUGACCACCGAGGGCCUGAACCUGGCGGCGCUGGAGGCGGGCGCCGACAGCCAGCUGGCUCGCCAGAUCAGCCGCGUGCUGGUGAGCUGACCCGGAGCACAAACCGUUUUUGCAGAACAAACCAUCACUGACAAUGAAUGCACGCCCGAGUUGCCAAGAUCUCUUCCCUUUCCUGGGACCCAAGUUUUUCCUUAGCUGAUUUUCUGGACCAGGGCACCAAUCAGGGCAUGGUCCACCACCCGCAAUGAGCCACUGUCGUUCCAACCCCAACCCCUGGUCGUCGUGCGUUGAAGAGCCCGCUCUGUGUCAUUUUUGUGCAUCAUUCCUGCAUCUUGUUUUUCAAUGGGAGGCAACCUUGACAAAGCUUCAGUGAGAGCGUGAAGUUUUAACGAAGGCAUGGC